AGAGAGGGAAAGGGGGAUGAGCUUCUUGGCGGGGCGAUUGGCGAGCAAGGAGGGCUCCUUCUUCCUUCAGGAGUCCAAGCACGCUGCGGCUCGUCUCGCUCAGAGACUUCCCUCUCCUCCUUCUCCGUCGUCCUCCCCACCAGCUUCCUCCUCGUCGGCGGCCGCCGACGUCCUCCCUGAGGUCCUUCGCCACUCCCUCCCGUUGAAGACCGAUCGGCCGUCCUCGCUGUCCACACUCUCUGCCUACUCCAAAUGGUCGCUCCCCAAUUCAUCGGAUCCUUCUUCUCGCCGUUCCCUGGACGCAGUGAACCCACUUCGUGCUUUCGUCUCCUUGCCGCCGGUUACUUUUGGCCCGAGAAGGUGGAGCUUGCCCAAUUCUGAUCAGUCAAUUCCAGCCUCAACAGCGAACGAAUUAAGGCGUGACAAGGCCACAAAUAGUGAUGCUAAGAAAUUGAGGGCCAUGGCUGAGGGAAUUUCACAAAUUGGAAAAGCUUUUGUUGUUGCUACAAUGAUUGUUUUUGGGGCUGCAACUAUCACAUUUGCUUUUGCUGCCUCACAGUUAGACUUGCAAUCUAACGAGGACAUUAAGGUGAAAGGAAAAAGUCUCCUUCAGCCAAAGUUUGAAGGUGUUAAAGCAUGCUUUACUCCACUUAGGACAUGGGUUGAGAGCAUCUCGAAGCAUGAUACUUUUGAUGGGCCGCAUGGUGCUAAUGAGAAGCCUCUCAUUAGGGAGCUUUCAAAAGAUAUGGUCGGAGAGUUCCAGAGUGAGGAGCAUCAAUAUGAUCCAUAUAAGUUUAGGAAAUACGCCUAGAGCAUAUGUUAUGAUCUGUAUAAGUCUAGUGAAUAAGCCUAGAGCAUAAUAUGUACAGAGAAACUUUUUUCGUCCCGAUUUACACAUGCAAAGUGAAUUAUAAUUGAAAAGAAAGCAUAAGGAUGUAAGAAGCUGUCUGCGGCCAUCCCUUCACAUUAACAUUGCUGUAGUAAUAAAGCUCUUGAAAAACAUGGUUAUUGAUUAA